UGAUAAGGCAGGGGACACUCGAUAAUCAAUAUUUUCUCAUGGGAAGAGCGAAGACGAGUAAUGAUCUAGAGCAGUCUUUCACGAAUAUUCGACACGUGUGCGCCCGACUUCUGUUAUCGAGAGCCAAGUGUGACGAGCGUUCUUGCUGUCACGCGAGGUGCAACAUGUACAUGCUGCCGUUGCUGCUAUUGCUGUGCCAAGUUUGUUGGGGAUCCACCGAACCUGAUAUCUCUCAUCCAGCAGGAAGGACAGAUCUGUUUGAGCUGUCGAUAAUUCACUGGAAUGAUUUUCACGCGAGGUUCGAGCAGACAAGUCCGACUUCUGGACCUUGCCACAAGGACCAGGAGGAGAGAUGCGUGGGUGGAAUCGCCAGAGUCUACACGGCGGUCACUAAGCUCAUGAAUGAACGGCCGAAUCCGAUUUUCCUGAAUGCUGGAGAUAACUUCCAGGGCACCAUCUGGUACAAUCUUCAUCGUUGGAAUGUCACAGCUUUGUUCAUGAAUAAAUUGCCGCAUGACGCCUUGACUAUCGGAAAUCACGAGUUCGACCAUAAAAUCGAAGGUAUCGUUCCAUUUCUUAGAUACGUCAAAGCGCCAAUUGUAGUGACGAACAUUGACGACAGUGAGGAGCCGAGUAUGCAGCAUUUAUACGAGAAGAGCACAAUCAUCAAGCGCGGCGGUAAGAGAAUCGGUAUCAUUGGUGUUAUCCUGUCGAGUACGAAUAUGAUCGCCAACACGGGGAAACUGAAGUUCUUGAACGAGGUGGAGUCGGUGAACGCCGAAGCCCAGCGACUCCAAGAGAAAGGCGUAGAUAUUAUCAUAGUUUUGAGUCAUUGCGGACUGAACGUGGACAGAGUCAUGGCCGCGAAUUGUCCCCUGGUCGAUGUGAUUGUCGGCGGUCAUUCGCACACGCUUCUUUAUACAGGUACGCCGCCAUUAGACCUAGCAGUGGACAAGUAUCCCGUGGUCGUGACGCAGAAAGAGACGGAGAGAACAGUUCUCAUUGUUCAAGCAGCCGCUUAUACGAAGUACUUAGGCAAUCUGACGGUAUGGUUCGACGAGCAAGGCGAGGUCGUCGACUGGGAUGGCAAUCCGAUCCUCUUGGACCGCUCCAUCGAGGAAGACGCGGAAAUUCUGAGAGCACUGGCGCCGUGGAAGAAGGAAGUGGACGCAGUGGCGCACAGAAAAAUCGGCAGCAGCAAGGUACUGCUCGACAGCCGAUGUCGCAACAGGGAAUGCAAUCUGGGAAAUUUCAUAACGGACGCGAUGGUGGACGCGUACGUCGACGCUAUCGAUGACGAAAGGUACUGGACGUAUGCAGCAGUGGCCUGUACGAAUGCAGGAGGAAUUCGGAAUGAUAUCGAGCGAACUGAAAUCACCUACGGCAGUUUGAUAAUGGUCCAGCCUUUUGAGAACACGUGGGAUACUCUCGAGUUGACCGGAAAGACUAUCAGGAAGAUCCUGGUAACGGGAGGCACUCUGGUCUGGUCUGGGUUAAAAAUCACUUACAGCAUGUGUGACGGAGAACGGACUGUGGAGAAUGUAAAAAUCAGGUGCCAAGCUUGUGAAUAUCCGGUGUUCGAGAAUAUGAUGGACAAUCAGUGGUACAGAGUAGUGGUACCGUCUUACUUGGUCACCGGCGGAGAUAACUUUAUCUUGUUCAAAAACAGUAGUUGCAAUCACAAAGUUGGGUUACUCGAUAUGGAUUAUCUAGAAAAGUAUGUGAAGAAGAUGAGUCCCAUAAUCGCGGGGACUGACCGGCGGAUGAUUAUUCAGAAAUCCAGAAAUUUCUGAGUUGUUAGAUUAACUUCUGUGUACCGGUAAAAUUGUAUUCGGAGAGAGAGAAAGAGAUAAAGACUUAGGACCUAGGAAAUAUAUUAUCGACCUAUUAUGACCUAUAAUGAAAAUGCAUUUAUAUUUUGUUGAUUGACACUUUGUAUGGUGAUAUACUUAUCUCCGUGCAAAUAAAGUACUUAAUUUUUGUAUAACCGAAUAAAACCUUUCUCGUUGCAAUUU